GUAGUAAUCUUCUAUUCCUCUCUCAGGGUUCUGGCAGCCGUGAAUGGCCAGUUGGGAAAUGGCGCCUCUGGAAAUGAGCCCUUACCCUCCGUUUGAUCCCUUGUCACCAUACUGCAAAAGCAAGAACUCAUCUAAACUCCCACCAAUAAGUCAGGGUGGACACCACACUCAGUUGGCCAAGUCCCAGUCCAAACUGCAGCUGCUUCAACAUGAGUUUCAGCAGAAGCUGGAGAGAGAGAAACAGUCCAAGCUGAUGGCAAUAUACAAACAGCAAUACCAGGACGCUCUGUACAGGCUCCGAACCACCUUCAGCCAAUCUGUGGUGAGGAGAGAGAUUCCUCACCGAUCACCUGGGAUAAAAGACCACUUGUCUUCUGGGUCCCCAACCUGCCAGCGUCUGGCCUGUGAGGAGCCCGAUUCAGGGUGGACACAAGUGGCAAUUGGCCCCCAAGGCAAGCGGAGCGCGGGUGUUGACCGGGCCUGUCCCCUCAGGCCCAUCGAGAGGAAAACAUCCAGCUUAAGUAACAUCUCCAACCUGGAAGCUGAAUUCUCAGAAUUGAAAUGUUUUAGAACUUUGGAUCCAACUAUGUGGCCAAAUGCUCCAUUCAGACCAUCGCCACCCAGAGAGCCUUGUAACUACAGCAGGGGCCACUCCAGGAGCAGGGACAGGUACCUCAGAACCUCAGAAAAUUCACAAUCCCAACUUUAUAUGAGCCAUAAUAGUCAGCACAAGAGGUCCCCUGGCAAGAAGGGGGAGGAGGAGCACUGGGCUGAGGACCUCCAAGAGCAGGAAGACAACUAUUCAGAUCAUUUUGAACAAGAGAUUUCUAAGAAGGAAAGUUUUAUUCAGGGAAGACUGAGGAAAAUAGAAGAAGAGCUGAGGCAACUUCAAAUAGAACAGGACCGAGCAGAGGAGCAAGAAAUGGAGGAACGAGAGAUGAGAAGGAGGGGGGAACGAGAGAUAAGAAGAGAGGAACGAGAGAUGAGGAAAGAUCGAGAGAUGAGAGAAAAAGAGGAACGAGAGAUAAGGAGAGAAGAACGGGAAAUGAGAAGAGAGGAACGGGAGAUGAGAGGAAGGGAAGAUCAUGAAAUGAGAGGAAGGGAGGAAAAGGUGAGGAGAGAAAGUGAGGAAAAAGAGAGAAGAGAAAUGGAGCGUGAAGACAGGAGAGAAAGAGAGAAAGCAAGACUGGCAGAAAUGGAAAGAGAAGAGAAACACAGGCAGAGAGAAAGACUAAAAAGGGACAGUGGCCGAAUAGACAGGUACAGAGAAGGGCACGGCAGCAGCGGGAAAGCAAACAGAGACCGCUGCAGGGAGGCGGAAUCUGAGGAUGAGAAUUCCGAUGUUUAUGCCUCAGAAGAAUACAGCGAUCACUCCAAUCCAUUCGCAGAUUAUAAAGGCGUCACAAGCCAAGUAAAGAGCAGCAAAGUUAAACGCUCGGCCCAGCGAGAAAGCACGGAUUGCGAGAAUUCCCCCCGGGACGAGCAGGCAGAGAGUGGGCAGGUAGAUGAUCGUUACUCUCCCAAUCCCAAGGCAAAGUGCUCCUACUGCGGCCGUAGGUUUGUGCUGGACAGAGUGGACACCCACGUGGAGAUAUGCAAGAAGGUUUACAAGCACAAGCGCAAAGUUUAUGAUUCAGCAAAAAAAAGGGCCCAAGGAACUGACAUGGAGAACUACCAGAGCAACAGGAAGAGAGUGGCCACACCGAAGAAAAAUUGGAAGCAGAAGCACGAUGCCUUUCUCCGCAUGCUGCGGGCAGCACAGCAGAUCGAGCUGCAGAUCUUCCGGGGCACGAAGCAGAGUGACCUGCCCCCCCCACUGCCUGCCGAGAACCCGGACUAUGUGCCGUGUCCUCACUGCAAACGGCGCUUCAAAGCUGAGGCUGCCGAGCGGCACAUCCCAACCUGCAAAAAGCUGAGGAACCGGCCGCCCCCCCUGCGGAGGUGAGGAGCUGAGCAGAUGUCACGGUGGCAGUAACGGAUCCCGGCCCGAGAGCUAGAGACACCAGAUCCCAGCUUUUAUUGGGCUCUUUUUCUUACAGAAAUAAAUCAUUAUUAAACUGCAACGUCUCAAGAGUAGCGAUUCCACUGAACUGCACGUACCAUACACUGAUCUAAUAGAAUGGUGGAACAGGCUCGAGGGCUUUUCUUGGUCAUAGGACCAGGGUUAGGCCAUUCUGCCCAGACAUCCUCCUCCCCACCAUCAGCCCACACUGUUCCGUCUGCUCACCCCACCCUCUCUGAUAUUGCCACACAUUAAACCUGGAAACACCAUAGCUUCGAUGUUUUUUAUUUUGAUUACAUCAUUUUACAUCAUUAAUAUAAUGUCAAAGACAUCUAAAGACUGAGUAAAUGCUCAGGCUGUUAUACUGUAGUGUUAAGUUCAGAUGUAGUGUUGGAUUGGCACAAGAAAGGAAAGGCACAAGAGACAGUCU